AUGCUACCUGGGCGGAUGCUGUGGGGAGCUGUGGUGCGUCAGGUCGCUCCGCGUCUGACCUACAGCACUGCAGCACAGCCACAGGUGAAGCAAAGUAAGACCAAAUUUGGGCCUCUGAGUGACCAAGACCGGAUAUUCACUAACUUAUAUGGACGUCAUGACUGGAGACUCAAGGGAUCUCUCAAACGAGGAGACUGGUACAAGACUAAGGAAAUCAUACUGAAGGGAUCAGACUGGAUCCUAAAUGAGGUGAAAAUCUCCGGGCUCCGAGGCAGAGGAGGAGCGGGCUUCCCCACCGGCAUGAAGUGGAGCUUCAUGAACAAACCCAGCGAUGGCAGACCUAAGUACCUGGUGGUGAAUGCUGAUGAAGGGGAGCCUGGGACAUGUAAGGACCGCGAGAUAAUGCGUCAUGACCCCCAUAAGCUAAUAGAAGGCUGCCUGGUCGCUGGGAGAGCCAUGGGCGCUCGUGCUGCGUACAUUUACAUCAGAGGAGAGUUUUACAACGAGUCAUCAAAUCUACAGGUGGCUAUUAAUGAGGCAUACAAGGCAGGGCUGAUAGGGAAGAACGCCUGUGGCUCGGGCUAUGACUUUGAUGUGUUUGUGAUGCGGGGAGCCGGAGCCUACAUAUGCGGGGAGGAGACGGCCCUCAUCGAGUCUCUUGAGGGCAAACAAGGGAAACCCCGACUCAAGCCGCCAUUCCCUGCAGACAUAGGGGUGUUUGGAUGCCCGACAACAGUUUCCAAUGUGGAGACAGUUGCUGUGGCGCCUGAGAUCUGUCGUCGAGGCGGUGCUUGGUUCGCCAGCUUUGGGAGAGAGAGGAACUCUGGGACAAAGCUGUUCAACAUCUCCGGUCAUGUGAACACACCGUGCACGGUGGAGGAAGAGAUGUCUAUUCCGCUGAGGGAGCUAAUAGAGAGACACGCAGGAGGAGUGAGGGGCGGCUGGGACAAUCUAUUAGGAGUGAUCCCAGGGGGGUCCUCCACUCCCAUCAUCCCUCGCCAUGUGUGCGAUGACGUUUUAAUGGAUUUCGAUGACCUGGUCCGAGCAGAGACUGCACUGGGAACUGCAGCUGUCAUAGUUAUGGAUAAAUCGACUGAUGUGAUUCGAGCCAUCGCCCGUUUGGUUGAGUUCUACAAACAUGAGAGCUGUGGCCAGUGCACCCCCUGCAGAGAGGGAGUUGACUGGAUGGAUAAAAUGAUGUGGAGGUUUGUUCGAGGAGAAGCAGCAGUUUCAGAGAUUGACAUGAUCUGGGAGCUAAGCAAGCAGAUUGAGGGACACACCAUCUGUGCCCUGGGAGACGGAGCUGCUUGGCCUGUGCAGGGACUGAUUCGCCACUUCCGGCCAAUCAUGGAGAGCCGCAUCGCUCAGUACAACAAGAAAAACCCUCCGAGAGAGCCAGAGAUUGAGAUGGUCUGAACUCUGCAGUGUCCAUAUCAGCAUUCAGUCCUUCCUAACAGCAUUAGUAGCUCAUCAUGCUAUACUGCUUUGUGUACAUUAUUUUUAACAUAGUUUUUAAAUGUGAUAUUUGUUCAUAUUAAGAAUGCACAGUCCAGGUUGUAUUGCUUUAAUGAAAUUGGUUCAAAGUUAUCAUUACAAAACCGUCACAGGCAACAUGUUUUUCAUGGGUUUUCACGCGUGGAUGAGUGGUCUAUUUUUAAAAUAUAAAUGCUGAAGCUGAAGUCGGCCACUUAAUCCACGAUUUACUUUGGCAGGCAGAACUGUUGACAGCUAAUUGGCAGAUGUGACCAACUUGAUUAGCGAUGAUCACUUCUGCCAAGUGUGGCAGAACACACUUUAAUAAGGAAAACACGUUACAAGGAAUCACAAGCUCAAACACAGCAAUAAAUUAAGUUUAUUUAUUUCAUAAAAGCAUGAAAUAAAUUCAAUAGUUUUACUACAUAUUAGUCCAAUAUGAUCUGUACAAAAAGACCAGAAUAGAAAAGGAUGGUGUCACUGACUUUGACAGGGAAAAGGGAACGUUAAGGGAGUGACAAAGUAGGAAAAUCUGUACUUAAGAGAUGGGGAUAAAAUGAGAAGUAGUCAUUGAUGUACAACAUCAUUGCCUCGUGAUACUGUUUUUACAAAGACACUAUAUUCAAACACUUCACCUGGCAUGUGUUUUUAAUCCAUUCCAAAUAAAACUGUAGGCAGAAUAUCGCUCAUCUGACCAUCUAUACAUCCACAAAAUAGUUUGGAAUAUCAGUCCUGCAAAUGUUCAUUUUCAAACUAUAAUGUGUGCACCAAAAAAAAAAAA